UUGGCUGACUUCACCGACGAGUACUUGCUGUUAGAUUUCACUUUUGGACAAAACCCGAGAUAUUUUGAGGAUUAUAUUACGGAUGUACGUGAUAUUUUACAAUUCUCAGAGGAAGUAGAACAGAAUGGAAGUGAAGUAAUUCGUGCUUUAGAAAGUGAGCAUUCUGAUUCGAUGUGCAUCCAUGUGCGAAUGACCGACUUUAUUAUAAGGAAUAUAUCCACUGAUUUCAUGUCUACUGUAAUUGCUGCUAAUAGAAUUGCUAGGAAGAAGGUAAAUCAUAUAGGUUUCAUCGCCAGCAAGUUCAUUAAUGUUCGUUCUCUUUCUCGCUCAAGAGAAUAUCACACUUUGUAA